CUCCAAUUUAAAUUCAGGCAACGAGACUCCUUCUUCAUCAUUGAUAGACACCACACCACAUCCAUAACCACAGUACCGCUCAAGGCAAGUGAUGGCUUGCCACUAACAUGAUCACAGGUAUAACAGAUGUUCUAAGCAUCCUUGUCAUUCACGCCCGGGCGUGGCCGUUACUGCCACUCUACAGACAUCUGAACCGCUCGACUGGACCAAGCCUUCGAAGCUGUGAGUUUAUUAGGCUACUCGGCCCUACGCAACGAGUCCAUGGUACCUCAGUCACCAACCGCGCACACCUUACGCAGACUUGUCCUUCAGUCAAGAGAGCAGAGGAUCCUCAGCUUGGCCCUGGACGGUUUCAACAAUGGGCGACCGCGGAAGUGAUACCGAGCCGACCUCAGAAACUAUAGUGGACCACAUCUCGACUUCUGCUGAAGCGAUUCCCUCCCUGACCAGCCAAGCAGAGGUCCCAUUUGACAGAGGCCGUCCCUUGCUUAGAGACCUACAGCAACACCAAUCGACCUCAAUAUUACCAUCCGAAGACCACCCCUCUCAAAACACUUCAAGGUUGCGGCAUCGACCUUAGCAGGGUCGAUCUUCAAGUGCCGGCACUCCUCUUUGCGUCCGAUCUCGCUUCACGUCGCCCGACAGAUUUAUCCCCCAGAGACCUCUGCACGUAGACAAGCGCUCAUCAUACCAGACAGGAAAGCCUCCUACCUUACUGCGGGGCCGAGAGAGGAGUGACAGACGAAGAGACGGUUCGAUCGAUCCUUUUCGUUCAGUCAGCGAGACAAGGUCAAGAACGUUGGCCAGGCAAAGACAAUCUCAUAAUGUCUACAACCUCCGACCACCACACUAUGUCCCGUCGUUCGUCCAUGGCAUGGACGCCUCACCACCACACAUUGAUUGGCGAACAGGGCUGGGAUCGCUGCGUCGAGUCAGUGGCGGAUUUUGGACUGUUGGUGGUCAACUAAUGGUCCAGCUUGGACAACUGCCAGGGGUCAGCGCUUCCACUGGAGGACGUCUCGCUAGCGGAACCACGGCGCCAUUGCAUACUGCUUCCUUUCUGGACCACGCUACUACUGGCGACCGAGCUAUGGGCCAUGAACAUCGCCUUGCGCUCGCUCUUGACAUCGACCAAGCUAGCCGAGUAUUACUUCAGACCCCGCCCGUCGGCGAAGAUAUCCCGAAGCUUUCAGCGGCACGUAGCGGUUUCGUCUGGAGAGAUAGUAGCUGGACGCGAGAUCUGGACAUCCGGUCAGUGGCAUCGAAAAAUGACAAACCAGUCCAUAGCGAAAAAGCGAUACCAACAGUACCUUUCCGGGUGCUCGACGCUCCGAAUCUCAAGGACGACUACUACUGCUCCGUUUUGGCAUACAGCUAUACCUGUCAUACAUUGGCAGUUGCCCUGACCCAGAAGGUGUAUCUAUGGACGGAACAAUAUGGCGUCCGCUACCCUCCUUUGCCUCCAACUCGGCCGACCAAUUUUGUUACCGAUCUAGCAUUCUCGUCCGAACCAGGAGGCAGAGCUAUCUUGGCAGCGGCGCGGAACAGUGGCACUGUCAUGCUUUGGAGCUUGUUGGAAUCCAGGCCCAGAUUCGAAGCUCCACAUUCAUGCGCAGCAUCAUGUGUGUCCUGGAAACCAACCGAGACAUAUCGACCAUCGAUCGACGGUGAAGACAUCGUUCCUUGCGAGGAUCUGCUCGUUGGCGACGAUGCUGGAACAAUCUAUUACUACUCACUGGAGUGGCCCGAAUUUGCCCCAGGUUCGAUGACUCUAAUCGCCAAAAUCGAUGCGCACAGUCAGAAUAUCUGUGGUCUGGCAUGGUCCCCUGAUGCCGAACUCUUUGUUUCUGGUGGCAACGACAAUCGGGCAUUUCUCUAUGAUCCCAAGAUCAUACUAGAAGCUCAACGUGACAUUCAUGCCUCUGGCAGCACUGUCGAGAACCCAGCACGACCCGCUACGCCAGCUGAUCGGGAAUUAUCGACAACAGAUGCCGGCUUGAUGACUCCGCCUUCAAGUUCCGAAAGGAACACCAGUGGGAGCCAGAUGACUACAACAACUGUUCAUGCGAGACCGGACGCGCCCGUGGAAGGGACCGGGCUUGAGACACCUCCUGCCAGUCCCGACAGGCACGAAAGCAUGCCGACUCAAGCACCAGAUAGCAACAUUCGAUGGCUCAGGACCCAGAAUGCUCCUGCGAUGCACGAUCUGCCUCCCGUCCGAAUCGAUCUAGCAGAUCCGAAUAUACCUGGUAUAGCGAAUAUGCAUGUAUACUCAUUCUAUCAUUCUGCUGCUGUCAAGGCUAUUGCAUUCGCUCGUUGGCAGCCAAGUCUUCUUGCCACAGGUGGAGGUAGCAACGAUCGCCAGAUUCACUUCUUUCAUACAGGCUCCGGUGCCACCCUAGCCCAGAUCAAUGUCUUCUCCCAGGUCACCAGCUUGGUGUAGAGCACUACUCGACGAGAAAUUGCGGCAACCUUCGGAUACUCUCAACCAGAGCAUGAGAUCAGGAUUGCUGUCUUCAGUUGGCCAAGUUGCGAAUGCGUUGUUAGCAUUCCAUGGGAUCGCAAGCAGAAUGGAGAAAUUGGACGUGCCCUGUGGGCAAUACCUUAUCCAGGGGGCCCGAACGAUGCUAUACCCAGUCGAAGACAAAGCAGUUCUUCUGACGGCUUCGCAGCUUGGGAGGCUGUCCGACAAACAGAGGCGCAACGUGCAGGGCUCCCAACGACGACCGGUCCUUGGCGAGGCCGAAGUCCUGCACCGAGCCUGGACAGAGGCAAUACCGACACUCCCACUCGUCGGUCGAGAAUGACUUCUUGGAGUCGACCACGGGACACUCUCAGAAGAGAUCUUCGUGGCGAAGGCGAGCCGUGGGCCAGUCGGACAGAAGAAGAGGGCAGCUUGAUCAUCGCUUGCUGUGAUCAGACCGUCAAGUUCUUUGAGAUCUGGGCAGGCAAGAGCAAAGGCAAAGGGCGUGGUCUGGGUAACAGGCAUAGAGUGCUGGGUGGAAGUCGCGUGCUUGAAGGUUGGUACGAGAAUGUGGGUGUAGAUGAGAUUGGGUCUGGCGAGGUGAUCCGUUAGACGAGAGCCCUACUAUUCGGUUGCAAGGUUGACUGGCAUGGCGACCACAUUAUGCUCAAGGCGUAUUCAUCGUCAUCACACACCUGAGGUUGUCACGACUUAUAACAGCUGGACUGAGCAAUGGCAGUAUUGUCUACCUCUAUUCAUAGGAUAUCGCAUAUGGGCAGUGAUGCCGUAGCAUCAAUAUCAUCGCUUCCGUCAA